AGUAGUAUUUAUAUUUUCCAAUUCAGCAAACCAAACUUCGAAACUCGCGUUCAAAUUCAGCUCUCUUUGCCUGUCAUCAUAAUUUCAGAAUUUUGAUUUUAUCAGCUCCAUAUUUCGUUAUUUUUUCGCCAUGACAAGUGAAGAACUUCUAAUUAUCGAUCCUUUAGACCUCCAAUUUCCAUUCGAACUCAAGAAGUCAAUUUCGAGCUCUUUUGAACUGAUCAAUAAGACUGAUAAUCACGUUGCUUUCAAGGUAAAGACAACCAAUCCUAGGAAGUAUACUGUCAGGCCGAACAGUGGAAUUGUUCUCCCACUAUCAAGGUCCAAUGUUACAGUUACGAUGCAACCGCAAAUGGAGUUGCCUCCGGAUAUGCAAUGCAAAGACAAGUUUCUUGUACAGAGUGUGAUUACGAACCCUGGGUCUACCCCUAAAGAUAUUAACCCAGAUAUGUUCAACAAGUCCGGAGGAAAUCAUGUUGAGGAAUGCAAACUAAAAGUUGUUUAUGUUUCACCACCAAGAAAACCAUCACCAGUCCCUGAAGAUUCUGAGGAAGGGACUUCACCAGGAGCUUCUGAAACUGAUUUACAAGAACAUGGUGAGUCUCAGGAUAACUCCACUAAGGCCAGAGAACUAAUUUUGAGGUUGAUGCAAGAGAGAGAUUCCAUUAUUCAACAAAAUGCCAAGCUCAACCGAGAACUGGAGCUUCUGAGGCAUGGACGUCAAGAACAUCGUACUGGAGUUCCACAUUGGUACAUCUUGGUGGUUGGCUUGCUUGGUAUCCUUUUGGGGUACAUUGUCAGAAACUUUUGAUGACCUCAGGUCUGAGAAUAAAGUUUCUCUUUCUGGUUGUGGCUGGCAGGUGUGGGGUGAUUUUGAAUACUUACUUUCUAGGCAAAAUUUUGUACAUUAUUUGAAUCCGAAUAGCUCGGUAAUUCUGAAUAUUGUGCCAAAGGAUUGGGUGAAUAUUUUCAAAGUUGUAGGAUGAUAAAACGAUAGUCGUGUUCCCAACUUUGCAUUUAUGAGGGAAAUCAGAAGGAAAAGAAGAAAAAGAAAACCACAUUGAAGUGGAACCCCUGGUCUUAGCUCAUUGGCCUCGCUGCAUUGAAAUCAUGUAGAUGUUUUUAGUUUCGAAGCGUGUAUGGUUUUGGUUAAAUAGCUAACUCUGAAAAUAUUCAGGCUGCUAAAGACAGGUAUCCGUUUAUGUGGAUCUGAAGACCAUGAUACUCAAAGUUGAUCCACGAGAAUAGACACUGUUAGUAUUUCAAGAAAAUAAAUGGAUUGAUGAAGAAAACUGAAUCCAAAAAUGUUCAUUGUGGAUUGACUAGUUGUGGUUGAUUCAAGUUUGGUUUCCCACAGUGAUGAGUUUAUUUCAUUAGUUCAACUGGAAUUCAGCUCGAUUGGAGUCGAUCAGUCUCCAUAAAUAUAGCUCCAUAUGUACAGAACCAUUUAAUUACUGGGAUGGAACUUCUUUUUUUUUCACGAAGUUAACAGGGGACGAAAGGAACUCAGCUUGGAACCUCACUCUGAAGUUCGAAUGAUGGCUUAUGGACCGAGGCGCUAUGUCUGGGGAAGCUAUUCGUAACUGAAAGAUGAAAGUAUUUGGCAUCCCCCUAACUAAAUAAAACUCAAGACAUAUUCCACAGAGAAACUUUUACAGCCAAUUUGCUUCUCCGAUCUCUCAGAGAAACUCUUUGAUACACUUCUGAAGCCAUAAAGCUAUGUAUGUGUAUUACAAAUCUAGCUUAACUAGUAAUACCAAUACUCCAAAUUGGAUGUGGUUAACUAUUCA